CUCCGCUAGUACCAUCUUUUUAACACUCUCCUUGAAAAAUCGCGUACAACAACCUUUAUGCGAAUCUGUUUUGCAUUAUCACUUGAAAAUUUAAUUAAGCAUACGAAGAACUAAGUUCUUCAGGAUAAGUUUACUUUGUCAAUAGAGAACAACUUCUGGACUACCUUUCAAUAGUUUACACAUCUACAGAUAGCAGACGGUUGUGUGUUAAAGUUGUUCAAGGGCCAGUUGACAUCAGCUCAGAAGAACAUUGCUGUUUGCAGUCAAUGUGUUCGGAGUAAUGAAUUUGAAGUAAACAGUAUUCCAAUUGGACUGUGAUUUUAAUCAAGGUGUAUUGAAUAAAUACCUGGCCCAAUGGGCAGCGGAGACAGACAGUAUAUAACCCUGACGGGAGGUGCUCCCUGGGGAUUUCGGCUUCAGGGUGGAGGACACUCACCUCUUAAGGUUUCUAAGAUCCGGAAGAAGUCUCAAGCAAAUGACUUAGGCCUUCAAGAGGGAGAUUCACUUAUCAGUAUCAAUGGUAUCUCAACUCGAGGUAAAAGUCACGAGGAGGCCAUGGAACUGAUAGAUUCGGGUGGCACCAGGUUAACCCUUGAACUUAUCAGGAGCAACUUGAACGCACCCGAAGUUGGAAAUACUCCUCUGUCAUUUGGAUCGUAUGUAAAUGGUCACUCAACACCAACUCAGCCGACAUACCCUACGUCUUCCUCAUCUUUUCAGUCGUUUUCGACGGGGGAUACCCAGAAUUCAGUUCAAACUGACAUCUACCGACAACAAGAUGGAGGGCGGGAAACAAACACGUUUGUCAGGCAGGAGCAGACACAGACGUUUGCCCCCAAGCCAUGGAAUUCGACCAUGUACCAAAACCAAAUACCAAAGCCUUUCAGCCCGUCGUCGUCUUUCUCUCCAGCACCUCAAGUACAAGUUUCAGCCAUGUACAGUAAUGCAGAAGUAAAGGAAAAUGUUCCACCACGUCGACUUUCACUUCAAGCAACGUCUAACCGCUCUCCAAGAUAUGGUCCAAGACCAACUUCACCAACAGGCGACAGAAUGCCAACGUUAAACGUUUGGGCACUAAAAGAAAUGCCAAAAUACACAAGACCGGCUCCCAAACCUGUACCUAAACGUGUAGUAGAAGCACCACCAACGUUUCCUAUAGUACCUGUGAAGAAACCAGUUCCUGCUCCAGCGCCGCCACCACCACCGCCACCCCCUCCAGAACCUUCACACGAUCCACAUUUAUUUGCUCCUCCAGUUGAAACAAGCUUGGGCACUCCGAAUCCAAGAUUAACAGACAGUGGGUACUUUGGAUCCCCUUUCACUCACAGACCCCACAAUCUUGCAUUGGAACGUACAUUUAGUUUAGAGAGUGAUAUUUCGAGUACCUCCUCUGCACUUGGACGUAAGAAACUAUAUGGAGAUUCGGCAUUUUACAAUGACCCGGACAAGAAUUUCCCAACGAUUGAGGAACAGAUGAAAUUGUGCAAGGCCAUCGCUCAGUCUCUCACAUCUGCAGCCAAUAAGAAAGCACGAGGUGCAAGGAUGUUUGCCAAGCGACAGAAGAAGGCGUCGAAUUGGGUGCACGAUGAAGUUACCCACGGCAAAGUGUCGUCAAUCGGCGGUAGUGAUGUCGGUAACCUGUUAGAUCUAGAUAGUGAGUUGUCUUUUGAUGAUGGUGGUAGUAAACCACUCUUCUCUUUCCGUGUUCCAGCAGGCUUAAAGAAUCGAGUCAACUCACCCGAGUCUACUCCCAAAAUGAGUUUAAGUAAGGACGAGUUCGAAAGACUUCGACUUAAAUCAUCGAAAAACGAACAUACAAAUGUGUCGCCUAAUCAGUGUUUUGAUUUAGUUGCUAAUUUAAAAUCUGGAAAGGGAAGAGGCGCCAAGUUAUUUGAAAAACGACAGAAAAAAGCCGAGAAGUGGGUCAUCGAUGAAAAUAAUGCCAAAAAACAGACACCUGUGAUUCCACAGAAUAGAUUGGAUUCGAUGCUCAUGUCUCCUCCCAAACCGUACUUAUCACCGUGGGAGGCGGCAUCUAAAGGCGAGGAUGUAAACUCGGCUUUCGAACAUUUAUCUGAAUUUGAAAAACAACAGAGACUGAACCAAAUAUUAGGAUAUAAACCUCCAACUCCCAAGGCGGAGACACCCGCACCACGGUCCCAGCCCAUAAUGCUAACACCAGUUUCACAAACUUCAUUAAAGACCGAUAAUACUCAAUUACUUUUGGAGGGACAAAACUUUAACAGAGUAGCUAAAGGUUGGAGUGGAUUUGGCUCCUCGUCUGCAAAUAAUUCUGUGAAGGUAUCCCAACCAAUGGUAUCUGAACCACCACCGGUAGCACCAAAACCAAGUAAACCGGUUCCACAACGGGAUUAUAAUCCAAAACCUAGGGCUUGGAUGGGAUCACAAGUUGCAGAAGAAGAAAACGAUUCAUCUCCAGAACCAAUGUCCUACUCUCCAUCUCCCGCUGUUUGGUCGCCUGCUGCCUACUCCCCAGCAGAUAGAAACAUGUACACCCCUUCCAGUCAUAGUGCUUAUAGUAGUGGUCAACCAUCCCCUAAUUAUUAUGGACAAAAUGUAAGCAUGUAUAACAAUGGUUAUGCUGCCCAUCCUGUAGAGUUACCAGGCUCAGAUUUGUGAUAUGUAUAUUUGAAGAAAUAAGAAAACAUUCGUAGGAAACCAAGAAAGCGUUAUACACAUACUCCCUCUACCGAAAAAUAUGACAAACUGUUUUCGGGUUUAUUUUGUUCUUUUUUUAAAUGUUUUGAGUGCAAUAUUCAUUUUCCUUGCGUAUUUUGGGUUUGAACCGUCCGAUGUCUAUAUUUGUAUUUAGUUUCUUUUUCAAUUUUUUUAAUUACCUUUUUUCCGAUUUGUAUGUACUGCGUUUGGAGAAUCCCAGCUAGAGUACAUAGAUGUGUGGCAUUCACAUAUUUUUCUUCUCUUCUUUUCAUGAAAUAUGUUUUUAUUGAAAAUAAAUGGUGUUUGCCAGUAUUACAUCUGAACAUCAUAUUAGUAUACUUUUCUCCUACCCGUCUGCGGAUCGUUGCUAUGGUAAUGGUAGUUUAGCAACACACAGCCUGUGUUUUUGUUAUUCUAGAACUUGGCGUGUAUUAGCAUUGAUGAUUUUAUAGGUGCUUACAGGUGUGCAUUAAGUACAGUAGCAAGGUUAUUGGAGAGAACAAUUCAAACUCGCAAGAGAUUUAAAAUGAAUAGCAAAUACUUAUUAAAGCCGUCUUAUUAUUAGAACAAAAAGUACUAUUUCGCAGUAUGUAUAAAUAUGUUAUACCUAUUGGUAUAUGCAAAAAUCUUGGUAUCGCUACCUAUAUCCUUGUUGUAUGCCAAAUAGUCAAGAGUAUAAGCUUACUAGAUAUCGUAUCAUCAGUGAGGCUUCUAGCCUAAUAUGGAAGGACAGGCUAUAGCAUGAUACGUUCAUCUUCAGUGGUGUAAGGUAUACGUCUUUCUCUGUAAACAUAGGUCAUGGUAUAUCUAUAAUAUACUAUUACUUACCAACAGCUUACGUUGUAUAUACAUCAGUAACAGAUAAAUAUAUAUAACCCCAUGUAGACAAUGUAGUAAUGUAAUAACUUAGUAUAAUACCAUGCCAUUUCGAUAACCCCAGUAUACGUGAUAUAACACUUGAAUAAUUAUGGAUUAAUUAGUUAAUUGCUUGCAGUAUUUAGUGAUGAUUAAUGAAUAUCAGAUUGUUAAUUAUGAUGUAUAGACUAUUUAUAUUAUAACCCACAUCUUUAUAAGGAACUCGUUUUUGUUUCGAUUUUUAAAAAAUAAUUCCUCAACGUUUUUCAUAUUCAUAAUCCCAUUUCGAGUCACAAAUGUUUUUGUUUCAGUAUUUAUUGUUUUAUGAAAUAACAAGUAAUAUAAAUAAUAUUUAUGAUAUUAAUAAUAGCAGUUUAUCAGUUGCUAUAAUAAUGGGAAUGUUAUGUAGUUACUUAGAUACAUGAUGAUUAAUAUAGUAAAAUUGAUGCUAUAUGAAUUAUUUUUUCCUCAUGCGGUUGUGUUUUUGGAAGAGUUAUAUACUUUUAAAAAGUAAGGACUCUCUACUUUUUUGUUUGUUGUGAUAUGUUGAGAAGUUGAGUUUAUUUAUUUGUAGAAUAUUGAAUGGUGUGUACAUACCACGUGUAAAUAGAAUAUAAGUAAGCACCUCCUGAUAAUUACUUACCUGUAUAUAAGAUGAAUAAACUAGUUUCUACAACA